UUUUAGUUGUUCGUAACGUCUCGUUGAUGUUGGAUUGCCAAGGAGCGCUUUCGAUAUAGCCAAUACUUUGCUGCCGCCAGCGUUUGCGUCUGCGCCAUUUGUCAAAACAGAAAAGUCAGGCAAAGGAUCUGUAAAAUGGACCAUGAAAUAGAGGAGGAGCAACAGCAGCUGUACAAGGGUCAUCACAAGAAAAGGGAUUACAAAAAUCCACAUAUUAUUAGUGAUUUGGAUCGGUUACCGAAAAGAAAGCCCUUGGGUGAGCAAUCACGUGCGGUACGUCGACAGGCAUUGAUGGUUAUACUGGCCAAUAUGGGCGUACUGUCAACUGGUUUGGCCCUAGCUAUUCCCACAAUUGUACUGCGCCAGCUGACAAGCGAAAUGGAGACGGUGUAUUUGAAUGCCACACAGGCAUCCUGGUUUGCUUCUAUCAACACAUUGUCGUGUCCAUUGGGCGGGCUAUUGUCGGGUCUGCUGCUAGAUAGGAUUGGACGCAAACAUACUCUUUAUGUACUGAAUAUUCUGGGUAUCACAUCCUGGACACUGCUUGCCACACCAAGUGCAACAAGUUCAGUAUAUUUUUACUGGCAGUUGCUUGUGUCACGAUUUAUUAUUGGCAUUACCAUGGGGCUAGCCAGUGCACCAUCUGGAGUUUAUGCGGCGGAGAUAAGUUUACCCAAAUUACGUGGAAGUCUUAUACUUGGCACCUCUAUAUCAGUGGCUUUGGGCAUUACGGUUCUUUAUAGCAUUGGCUAUUUUAUACGGGAUGAUUUUCGACUAAUUGCGCUCAUUUGCUGUGGUUAUCAGAUAGCCGCGCUACUGUGUGUGAUACCACUGCCAGAGUCGCAUAGCUGGUUGUUGGCUAGGAGACGUGUGGAAGAGGCUAAGAAGUCGUUGAACUAUUUUCGUGGGCUGGAUAAGUCGCCACACAUCACACAUCCCGAAAUAUUGGAGGAGUUUAACAUUUUACAAAAGUCGCUGCAACUCCGCGAUGGUGAGAGGAAACCCUCAUUCUCAAGCUGCCUUAAAUUGCCUGAGGUCUACAAGCCGCUGCUUAUUUUGAUGGCUCUGUUUGCGUUCCAACAGCUGUCGGGAAUAUUUGUGGUUAUAGUGUACGCUGUGCAAAUCUCCACCGAAGCAGGCGUCUCCAUCGAUCCGUUCAUGUGCGCCGUGCUCAUUGGAACAGCAAGAGUUCUGACAACCUGUCCCAUGGGCUAUGUCCUCGAAAAGUGGGGCCGGCGACGUGCUGGAAUCAUAUCAACGUUCGGCAUGACCGUCUCCAUGCUUCUUUUGGCUUGUUAUGGUUGGUUCGAGAUCCUUCAAAGCGUACCAUACCUACCUGUCAUUGCAAUAGUGGGUUUCAUUGUACUUAGCACGCUUGGACUGUACACCUUGCCUUUCUUUAUGAUUUCUGAACUAUUUCCUCAAAAAGUGCGCGGUCCGGCUUCAGGUCUUACUGUAGCUGUGGGUAUGUUCUUUGCUUUUCUGUGCAUUAAAAUAUAUCCGGAUUUGAAAGCGACCAUUGGCAUGAGCAACGCCUUUGUGUUCUUUGGUAUAAUGUCAUUCUUGGGUUUGAUAUUCAUCUACUGUGCGCUGCCUGAAACGCGAAGACGCACACUUCUGGAGAUCGAGGAGCAGUUCCGGACUGGCGGCCGACAGAAGAGAGCUAUCGAUGUCGAAAUGCAAGAGGUCUUUGCGCGUUGACGAGAAGCGGUCAAGCAAUUAUCAAACUCAUAUUGAAAACGAGGGCUUAAUGCUGUGAUACAUACAAAGUAAAAUAUGCACAUAUUCAUAAAGGAAUUCAAUUAUAAUUGAUUUGCCGCAUCGUUUGUCGUAUAAGCUACAUCAAUAAUUAACGUUGCUGUUCCAGUUUGUUUUAUACCAAUUUCGAAUUAUGUCUCAACUUAAACUUCGAUAUAAUUAUUAAAGAAAUUACAUACCAGUCGGAUAA